AUGGAUAGUGGUAUAUGGACAGUGAAAUCUGAUGGCCGUUUGGGAAACCAGAUGGGGGAAUAUGCCACCCUCUAUGCCUUAGCCAAGAUGAAUGGACAUCAAGCCUACAUCUCCCCCGCCAUGCACCAGUACCUCUCACCAAUAUUCCAGAUCACUUUGCCUGUGAUCAAUGCUGAAGUGGCUAAAAAGAUCCGCUGGAGGAACUUUCGUCUGCAUGACUGGAGAAUUAUAAACACAUCAAAGACAAGUAUAUCCGCCAAGAGAUACUUCAGCAGUUCUCCUUCCAUGACCACAUCAAGGAAGAAGCCAAUCAAUAUCUUCAGGAGCUAA